CAUAAGGCACCAGGCCCGUCUGGAAUACCGAAUUAUAUUCUCCGGAUCUCGAUAGACCUGUUGAUACCACUACUUCAACCGCUUUUCAACCACUUCCUCUUCAGGGGGAUCUGUCCUUUCAAGGAGUCGGUCACUAUUGUGCUCAAGAAACCUGACAAGGACGACUACGGAAAGGCUAAGGCAUACAGACCUAUUGCUUUGCUAGAGACACUACGGAAGGUC